AUGCUUGAGCAUGCUUUGACUGUACUUCCCAAAGUUAUUUCAAGUGUUCAAGAUCUGACAUUGCGUGCUACUUUUCCACUUAAGAUGCCCUUGCUGAUGGAAACCCCGUGCAAGUUUUCCCAGUUGAAAUAUUUACAUUUGUGGUUGAUUCUAAGACAUGAAGAAGCUAGCAACAUUCUUUCUUUGGCUUCUUUUUUGAGGGCUGCUCCUUACGUUGAAAAGUUAGAGAUGCAUUUUAGCGUUUAUGAUUCCAUGCAUGAGGUCUCGAAGCCUAUCAAGAGCCUUCCACGGUGUCCACAUAAUUAUCUGAAGAACCUGCAUAUUACAGGAUUUUCAGGAACAACAGGGCAACUUGAGUUUCUUGUGCAUGCUGUUGAAAAUGCCCCGCUCCUGAAGAUGCUGACGAUUAAAGGUGCUGACUUGACCGGUUGUGAUCUGGAUCACAUAGGGAAAAGAAGGUUCUCUUUUCAGUUUCGAGAAUUGGAGAGAGUGUAUCUUCGUGGAAUCAUUUCACCGAAUGCGGAGCUCCGUAUUAUUUAGCCUCGGAAGGGUGAUUCAACCGUGCGAAAUGUUUAGCGGCACUUCUAUGUGCAACAACUUGCAUGUAUAAUUCUGUAGCAAGUAGUAUGUCUGAGUGCACAACUCAUUCCUUCGCAUAACUUUCGUUGAA